CCAAUCAGCUGGUUGGUUGAUAGCAAGUUGUUAUCUUCGCAAAACAAUAACAAAUUAACGUCAAAUGUGCUUGUCAAUGUGGACCACGGGGCGUCGUUUGCCGGCUAGUAAACACAUUUAUUUAAGGAUAAGUCAUUGAAAGGAUACGCAAUGGCCGAAGUUCAGGAUAAAUGCGAAAUUUGUGGAGAAACGCAAUUCACUGCUAAGGAAGGAUUCUUUUACUGCAACGAGUGUGGGGCACAGUCACAGAAUAUCCGUGAUCUUGAGGUUGACCAGGCGGGAAUUGAGGAAUCACAAGUGUUUUUUAAGUCGUUGAAAGUUACCCAAGUGAAAGCCGAAAAACCUCAACUGACAACAUGGGAGUGCUUCAACUACUUCCUCCGGGGUCUUGUUGAUGAAUUAUUGAACUUUGGAGCUAAGGAAGAAUUUAAAUUGACCGUCUUACAAUUGUGGACAGCAUAUUUAAGAAAGUGCGAAGUGGCAUUUUUCAGUAAAAAAGAAGGUGAAUUACCCAGAUUGGGGCCGAAAUACAGUGAAAGAGAUGCUACUGCUAUAUACAAUCAUAAAAAGAUACGUCAGAAGCGGGUACGAGAUAGUGAAGCUGGGAGUGAAAAGGCGAAAUUCACAAAACGAAAAAGAAAACAUGCCAAAGCGGAGUAUGAAGCGUUAUCAGAAUCAAUGAGUGCUCCGAGUACUAGUCAAAAUUCCUCCUCUUCUGCCGCAUCAAAUCGUGCAAUUCGGUUGCAGUUUUCCCGAGCGGCUAGAAACUUCUAUAAGCGCUUUAUGCCCGCCAAACACUUGAAUAAACACGAAGCAGACAGUACAUAUGAACUUCGGUGCCACACGUUACAUUCUUAUAAGUUUCCCCCUGGAAGAAUAGGACUUGAAAGAUUGUCACGAAAAAUUAUAUUCUCCUUAAUUUAUUUAGCUUUAAAUUUAAUUGGAGAUGAUAUUCAGUUGUACGAUUUACUGCGAUUUUCACGAGAAGGACAUUUGUCCACUGUGAAGUUCUCCCACUUUUUUCCAGAAGAUAUCGCCCAGGAUUGUAUGGAAGUCAUGACCAACCCGCAGUAUUAUGGAUGGACAUUUUUUCGUAGUGCAAUAAUAAGAAAUACAACGGCGAACUUAUUACGUUUUAUACAUGUACCUGAGCUACGGCUUCCUAAUAUAACUAAGAUGGCAAAACGAUUCAUAACGGAUUUAAGUUUGCCAGCUGAACUUAUUUCGUUUAUUGAGCGGUUGUAUAACCUUCACCCUCCUAAGAUGGUAUAUAAAUUUGGCGACGCUAUGACUCCUUGUUUCGAAGGGAGAGCUAUGGCGUAUAUUAUUUUUACUUUAAAGUUGCUGUUUGUUUUGGACGGGGAAGCGGAUUUGAUGAUAUCAAACUCAGCGAAAGCCGUGAAUAUUGAAUUGAAGAGGUUGAAUGAGGAUGACAAACAAUUGUUCGUUUGGGAAGAUUGGGUUCAGUACAUUGAAAUGCGUAAAUUAAUUUUAACACAAUGUCACUAUCAUACGAGUGUUCAUUUGAAUGAGAACAUAAAUUACGAUCAAUACAUUGAGCAUCUAAGGGAAGCCUAUGAAACUCCCUAUGAAGACUUGGUGAAAUAUAAACGAACCAACCUGAUCACGAUGGAGAAAAUUUUUGAUGAUCUACACACUAAAUUGAAAAAGAAGAAUCCAAAAGAUCAAAUUCCAUCGCUGAAGUGUGCAGCUUCACUGACUCCUUAUAGUUCGUAUUUAAAUUACAUUUUAGGUGAUAGCACACUUGCAAACAAAUUAUUUAUCCCUGACUUCAUGCGCGAUGAUCCUGCCACAAAAGACAUUAAACCAUUCGUUUACGCGAAAGGUUUGAAAACGCUUUUAAGAAGCAAUAAAAUUAAGUUGAUUGUGAAGAAAAUAGGCAUUUCAGUUCCGACGAAAACAAUCGGCAUUUUCAGUUCUUAUCCAUUUCAUGAAAAAGCCCGAAUAGCAAAAACUGUCCGAUUACGCACGGUUGAAUUUGAUAUUGGAGAGAAUGAGUGGGUAAACAAUGCGAAAGCUGCAUCACAACCCCCAGAUAUUUUUACAAAGACUGAAAGAGAAUUUAAAGAACCCAAAAGGCCUCGAGUAUCCAAAAAAUCGACAAUGGAUCUCAGAAAAAUGGUUAUAAACAAGGAGAUCUGCCGUGUACCUGCGGAUGGUAUGUCGGUUCAUUCAUUCGAUGUCUACAGUGAACAGAAUAUGGAACCUCUUCCCGAAGAUAUGGUCCAUAAACAGCCUCGACAAUUUGAGACUGAAAGUAUUCUAACAAAUCUUAGUGAUGAAGAAACUGAGAUCGAUAAAGAAGAACGCACGCAGGAUAAACCUGAAACAAUUCGAACGGUAGAACUGAAAGUUUCAAAUUUUGAUUGUUGGAAUUUCACGGGUAUAAAUAAGUAUUUUCACGUUGACGAGAUAGAACGAAUUGAGAAGAAAUUGCCGAAAAUUUUCUAUUGGUUGCUGAAGACCUGCGCUGAGAUGAUUGAAGUUGAUAUAAUUGACCUGUAUCAAGAGUUGUUAGCAAUUGAGAAUCAGUUUCUGUAUGCAUUGGAACCAUUGGAUGAUUUUCGGAAUGUUUUAGCUUAUAAGGAAGUAGCGGGUGAUAGAGAAAUUAAAAAAGUUAUAGACUUUUACAAAAAUUUGUGGUAAUUGUAAAUAGUGUUAAUAUAUUUAUGAGUAUAUGUUGAAUGUAUGCUUUUUAAAAUAGUUGUAUCAUUUUUUUUAAUAAAACAAAUGAAAAGGA